UCCAACAGAUGGACAGCAAGGCCACGUACAAAGUGCCACCUAUUGGGCGUAAAUAGUAAAUAUGUUGUUCCUUCCUGAUCAUUUCUGACAACUCCUGACAGAAGUUAAUCCCUUACAGUAGUUCUUUAGUCACGGUAACCUCCACAACAUUCGUAUCAUGGAGCCUUCUAGUCAGACGUUGACCAAGCCAUACUUAAUUGUGACCGGAUUUGGUCCAUUUGGACCCCACGAAAAGAAUCCCAGUUGGGACGCAGUGCAAGCCUUGCAUGGCAAAUGGGACAACGAGCAGGUAGAUCUUUUGAUCCAAGAGAUUCCAGUGUGUUACGAUUUUGUGCUACAGAAAGUUCCGGCUUCCUUGGAGUGUGUUCAGGGUUGCCACGCCCGAACCAAGUCCCCUUUGGCCAUUGUUCACGUUGGAGUAGGCAGCUCUGUUAAGAAGAUCACAAUUGAGACUGAGGCUAAAAACUGUGGUUACAAUAUACCAGAUGUGAACCAAAAAUGUCCACCAAAUGAAGAGUGCUGUGAGAAGGGUUCCCAAACGCUUAAAACUACUCUCAAUGUCGAACAAAUUGUGGCAAAGAUCAACGGGUCCGAGGCUGAAACGGGAAUUGAGGCCGAGCUAUCCACUAGUGCGGGAGGCUACUUGUGCGAGUUCAUUUUCUACAAAUCCCUAGCAGCUUCCAAUGGAACUGCCCUCUUCGUUCACGUGCCCGAUUACAACAAGCCUUACUCGGUGGACCAGAUGGGCAAGGCCUUGCAGAUUAUUUGUGAAACCCUCAUACCUACCAAUACAAUAAGGGAUUAAUUUAAAGGUCUCACUUCUGUGAUUGGUUUUGUACCUUCUUAUCUGUGUCAUGGUGCACCAUUUGUUACCAAGAUAUUGAAAUGUAUCCAUUGUUAUUGGCUAAAAGUAGCAAAA